GGCCGUGUGCGUAUGUAUGCACUAAGUGCGAUUGGCUGCCGUAUUGUCCAUGUGCAGCCUUCUUUUCGCAGCGGCUUGGGGAAGGCGCAGCUCAGCUCAGCCGCAGCCUGCACCUGCUUCCCCCAUCACCACAACACACCGAUGAUACCUAGAGCCAGCUUUUCCGACCUCACCGCAUACAUCAUUCUGUAGUCGCAUCUUGCGGCGUUCCAGUGGCUAUGGGUACUGUUGAUGAUGUACACGCUGGGUCACAAGAGACGCAAGGCUGGGACAACACGUCGACUUCUCUUUAUGCGGAUGAGACACUUGUUGAGGAUACAGCUUCCUCCAGCAGAGAUCUGAUCAAUAUCAAGGAUUGGUCUAAAUUGGACAGGGGAUCCCAUAUCGAUUUCGGCGAUGAAGAGACUGUUCCUAUCGUACAAGGACGAUUUCUCGGCCGAGGAGCAAUGAGUGACGUUUAUGAGACGACUAUCCAAGGCUAUAAAAUCGCUCACAAGAGAACACUCUUCAGACGACGUAUUGGAGAGCGAGAAAGAAAAGAGGUCGAAAUACUGAAGCGAUUGUCUCACGUGCACAUCGUACAGCUCAUCGGAACAUACGUCCAACGAAAGCAUCUGGGCAUUCUCCUGUACCCGGUGGCUACAUGCGACUUACACACCUUCUUUGAAGAUGUCGAGGCCUGGUCCAAGGUUGUGGCUGCCGAUGAGAGUGGAUCCUCCGUGACGCGACGGGACUCUCUCGACUCCGACGUGAAGAUUCGAUUAGAAACUCUUCAUUAUGAUUUCCCGGAAGGUGGCGGAGGUAGCUGGGCGUCCAUUGUUUACUCCAAGAUCGGCUGCCUUGUGUCCGCAAUCGCUUAUUUACACGACAAGCAAAUUAGGCACAAGGAUCUGAAACCAUCUAACAUACUUCUUUCGGCCGGUCAACUGUGGUUGACAGACUUCGGUAGUUCAACAGACUUUACACUACUUUCUCAAAGCGCGACGGACAACGAACGUGGAACCCCCCGUUAUUUUGCUCCAGAAGUAGCUGCAUGGAAGCCGAGUGGACGAGCGGCAGACAUGUUCUCUUUGGGCUGCGUUCUCCUAGAAAUCCUCUCCGUGCAUAGAAGAGGCUCACUACAGCUCUUAAGAACACACCGAGGAGUUGACCCGGCUUUCCAUGCAAACACGAAGCAUAAGUCGACGUGGCUGGAAACUGACAGUGACGAUUGCACCCGGAGAGAAGAUUAUUUGGAAUAUGCGAUCAGCCGCAUGCUUUCAACGAGACCCAAACGCCGACCAAAAGCUAUCGAGCUUCUGCAUGGUAUCGUAGCCUACGAUUCGUACCGAAACGAAGGAUCAACGCCAUCUGUUUUUGGCCACUGUUGUAAGAGGACAUUGGUUGCACGAAAUCUUUAUCAUGACAUCGUAAUAGAUGCUGCAAGAGCUACAGAGCGGAUAAAAGAGCUCGAAAGACGGCUGAGUGAGGCUAAGAAAUACAGAACUGGAUAUGAGCCGCAAAGAGAUAACGUAUUGGAAACGUUACAUCUAUCACAUCAGAGGGAGCUGGAAAGAGAGCAAAAAGAGCAGGUUCACCUAAGGCGUGCGUGGCAUGGCCAUUUUGCGCAAUUGCAAGCAAAUCAGGAAGUCGAUUUCAUGCAAUGUCGGGAAGAGCUUGAAAAUGAAAUGCGUCUUCGUCACAGGGUUGAGACGCAACUGUUAGGACAACAAAAGCUACGUCGAGAUUUAGAAGACGAGAUUGAUAAGUUACGAGCGCGGAUUGCAACGUUUCCAGAUUCGAACGAAUCUGAAAACCACACUCCGAACGUAGAACUUGCGGAUGCCGCGGAGACAACGCUCAAGAAAAAUCAUGACGGGCCUAGCGGCCUUUCGGACGAUUCGAUAAAACUGUACUCCCUUCACGAACACGAUAAAACGACCUCUACGGCGGACAGCGGUACGGAUUGGUUCGCGAACAAAUGGCUAGGCAACCAGGCUGAAGUUUCCGAUCGCCUUCCGACAAGCCAUGACACAACACACAGUGAAUCAAAUGCACAAAGCGUCGUACUAGACUCACUGGGACUCCAGCGCGAACUUCAGAAGAAUCUCGACCAAGUGGAAGCUAUUGCUAGUCUCCCUGAUGAGGUGGAUCAUUCCUCUACACGUGUAAUGUUGGGUAAGGCUGAAAAGCUGCGCAGGCGCCCAGUGCCGAAAAUCCGAGUCACAUACAAUAUAAGCAACGCAAGUAUGGAGAUAAAUCCAAACCAAAGUAAUGAAAUCGGAGCGGAAGAUGCUUCUAGUGGCAGUCAGACACCCAGAGAACAGUCACUUCGCGUUCCUGAGAGACGCAGAGUCCGUAAAAGCACAAGAGGUGCCAGCGGUGCGGUGCAAUCUGGUCAGAUAAACCGCACUUGAGAUUGAGAGGUCUCGACUUCAUAUAAAUUCCAUUGAGAC